AUGGAACUGACUUUAAAACUACUGCUUUCGUACAGGCAAGAGGGCUGGCGUUUGGAAUCAGAGAAGUUGGAUGACUCCUCAAGGCUGCUUAUCACUGGUGUCGUCUACAACGAGAUGAAGGGCGUCUUCUCGAACUCGCUAAACCUUUUGGCGCAAACCGUGGAGAAUAACCUCUUGCCAGUGAGCUAUGGCCAUGUCAGUGGUGGUCAUCCUGAUGCCAUCCCUAGUCUGAGUUUGGAGUCCUUAAAGAAGUUUCAUAGUACCUUUUAUCAUCCAAGCAAUGCCACCUUUUACACCUAUGGAAACAUCGAAUUGGAAGGAUGUUUGGAAGCCCUGGACACCGAGUGCUUAUCCAAAUUUACUGCUCACCCGACUUCACCACAAGUACCACUGGAACCUCGCUGGAAGGAACCG